UCUAUUUUGCUCUUUUACCGCUUUCCCGCAUUUUUGUAUAUCAUUAUUUGUUGCUUCUGGAAAUUGUGAAAGGGUCAACAUACAAUUCUGGACGAGAAAUAAAUAAUAUAUAGAUGAGAUAUUAUAAAGUAAAUGAUAUUCACAACAGAACAAAAAAAAGGUGGAGUAAUACUAACAUUCAAGUCGCAAUAGAGGAAUGCUGAAGAUGGGCAACCUGACAAUGCUGAAUCUGACACCCGUUACAGGUCAGCCGUUGCUACAUCUCAUAGUGACAGGCACAGCAAUAGAGCAACAUUGAAGGACAUGAAUUGUCCACCUGAUCAGCAAAUGUUAAAUGAAUCGAACAAGAAAAGAAAUGGUGUCCUGAGCCACAAUUAUAUCGGUAAAGAAAACAUCCCUCCGUCGAAUGUUUCGCAAAUGUAUCGAUCCAUGCAUAUCAGUGAUGAUGCUAUCGCCCCUCCAGCCGCCACUGAAACCUUCUCAAGUGUUCAGACGGCUGCAGAUAAGGAAAACAUUAUUCAAGCAGCCUCUUCCUUGUCUUUGGGAACAGCAGACAAUGUAUAUGAACAAUCUAACGCAGAGCUGGUAGAUUUAUCCUCUGCUUCUACAUCAAAAACGUCCAGUGUCAACUAUAAUAAUCAAGGCCGAUUAACAAAGUUAUCAUCCAGAUCAUCAUCAUCAAUUUUAGCAGCAGAAGAGAAGCAGCCACUACAAUAUACUAAUAAUGCCGGCAUUCAUACCAACAAUCAUACGGAUGUGGGCAUUGAACUCAAAGAACAGCAAUCACAUCAACAUAAACAAUAUCUGCAAAACAACCCUGUGAAGUUCGCUGAGGACGCAACAGAAGAGGAAAAGCGAGGCAUUACUGAAUUUUUCAAAGAUAACGCAGAACGUUACCCAGCUCUUUUAGAAGAUACCAUGGAUCCUGUCCCUGUCUUACCUAUCCUUGUUCCUGAACGCAUGAAAAUUCGUUUCGUUUUAGACAAGAAAACACAAAAGGUAAUGACUGUGAAAGACCUUCCUUGCGAUACAACCGAUCCAACACGCUAUGUCAGCAUGAAGGAUUUGACACCCGCCUCAGCUUUUCACCCUACUGCUGCUGCUUAUAAAGAUAAUCUUUCCACAGCUACAGCAGAUCAACAAAGUGCGUUUAGCAGUUUUCUCAUGAGACAUGGUCCAUCUUACUUUAAGAAGCAUCCUGAACAAUCUGAAUAUACCUCGAGUCACAAUAACUCAAGAUUGCGUAAUUCAAACAAUGAUGAAAUAUUUGAUCCUCAUGUUGCUCCUCUUCGGUUCAAGGCCAAUCAACAAACAAUAGAUGCCGACCGUAAGCAAACAGAGCAAGCUCAACGUAAAAUGGACUGGGUUAGGAAAUCAAUGCGCUCCACCUCUGCCUCCUUUACCGAUGAACAACAGAAAGACCCUAUGAUGGUCGCUGAAUAUGCUGACGAAAUAUAUGAGCAUCUCUACGAUACUGAAGUGAAGAUGCUCCCCGAUGCCAAUUAUCUCAAUGUGCAGUCUCCUGAAUUCUCUUGGGGUAUGCGCUCUAUUCUUAUUGAUUGGGUUAUUGAAAUUCACUUUUUAUUCGGUUUAAUGCCUGAAACGUUGUUUCUGGCCGUGAAUAUCAUCGAUCGCUUCCUCUCCGUACGACAAAUUGCCCUUGGUAAAAUGCAAUUAGUUGGCCUUACUGCUCUCUUUAUCGCUUCUAAAUUCGAAGAAUUGGCUUCUCCGUUGAUAAAUGACUACCUGCAUAUGACAGAUAAUAACUAUAACGAAUCACAAAUGAAGGAAGCUGAACGGUUCAUUCUGGAUGCUUUAGAUUUUAGACUUUUAUACCCUCACCCUCUCAAUUUUAUUCGUCGUAUCUGUUCCAGAGAUGAUUUCAACGAUAUCAAUGUUCGCACAUUGGCCAAGUAUUUUGCAGAAAUCAGUUGCUUGGAUGAAAAGUUGAUUGCCGUUCGACCCUCGAAAAUUGCGGCAGCAUCUGUGUGGCUGGCAAACAAGAUGUUAGCGUAUGAGAAAUGGAAGGGCACCUAUCGCGCUCACAGUGGGUACGCGACAUCCGAAUUGAAAGAAAUUGUUGAAAUAAUGUUGGAUUAUUUGGCGCGUUCCGAUAAACAUCCUGCUUUCUUCAAUAAAUGGAAACAAGAAAACGUCUCGAAAGCUUCACUAUUUGUAAAGGAAUGGUUAAGGAAAUACUAUAAGAAUUAGAAGUCUUUUCACAUAGCUCACUGCCAAUCUAUUAUUUAUUACUUGUGCCUACUACUUAUAGCCUCAUAUCAUUUAAAUUAUUUCUCCUCAUCACCUCUCAAUAAAUCAUACUACAUAUCUCAUCAUAUCACAUAUCACUUUCCAUUAAAAAAAUAAAACAGACCAAUUUCAUA